UACAAACAUGCAUAUUAUUUAUAUAUAGAAAGAAAAUCGAGUGAAUCCCUGUACUCUUAACAAACACGCACAUGAGAGCAAAUAUGAAAUAUUGAAAGUAGCAACCAUACUAAAAAAAAACAACAAGAAAAAAACAAAAACAAACAAACCCGACUUGCCACUUGGAAUAGGAUGCAAUAUGAAAAUCAAAUGAAAAUAGAUAAUUAAUGGAAUGAUAAUUGUAAUAAAGAAGAAGGAACCGAACAGAAGAUUUGGAACAUGAAAAGAAUUUAAGAAACCAAGCGUAUAACGUAGACUUUAUCUCUUACUUAUUUUCUUACCUGUUCCAUCGGAGUACACAACGUACCGGUGACUUCUCAAUACCGCGGUCCGAUUUUAAAGGAUAGAAAGAAGACCGUCACGAAAUAAAUAUGCAUACGACUGCUUCCAGUUUGAAGGGAUUGAGUUGCUAUCCGUACAGAAUGGAAGGCGUGCGCACUAAUCGGCAGGCUUUUUAAAUGGAAAUUUAGUUAAACCACAUAAAUAUAUAUAUAUAUAUACACCCUGUAUACAUCAUUAAGAGACAUUAAACGGAAUUCUUAAUAUGUUUAUAUAAAGUAAACUUACCAAAAGAAUUUAAACGUAUCAAAUGAAUUAAUUAAAAAAAAAGAAGAAAGGAAUAUUCGUUUCGCAAGGUGUCUACCCGUGAACCCUCGCUAAGCUUUUUUAUAUGUUGGUCACAUCUUAUCAUUAUGGAUAAUAGAUAAAGGACGGCCUUAUUUUGAGAUGUAAAUUCUAAAAAGGGAUGGAACAUAAAUAAAUUUGGAUAUUUACAUUUUUACAGAUGAAGAGAUUUCAUGAAGUCUGUUACAAUUCAUUGAUUUAUGGAGUUUACCAUUUAUUUGUCUUGUGCAACACUUUGUGAGAUCUUCAGCUGUGCUUUCCAAUCUCUAUGAGUAACCUCUUUCAGACAGUAUUAAACUUGUUGCAUUCCAACUAUCUCACCAUCAACACCAUGUUUAUCAACCUUAAUGUGACUACUAUUAAACGCCUGCUUCAGCAUUUAUUAGUGUUUAUCACCAUGUGUGUCUUCAUACUUACAAUCAUUUACAUAACUGGUGGCUUCCAGGAUGAGAAUGACCCUAUAUGGCAAAUAAAUCCAAUAGAAACCUAUGGUUGGUGCUUGACUAUAUUUUUCUAUAUUCUUAGGGUUUUGCCAUGUACAUCCUUACCUUUAACUUUAUCGAAUUUUUUUGGACUCACAUUCUUUAAUACAUUUCAGUCAAAACCCCAUCUGAAGAGUUCACCCCUGUUGGGUCCGUUUAUAUGUUUCCGUGUUGUCACACGUGGUGAUUAUCCCUUAUUAGUUAAAGAGAAUGUUGAACAAAACCUGUUCACUUGUAACAAGGUUGGUCUGGAUAAUUUUAUGAUAGAAGUUGUUACAGACAAAGCCAUUCACAUACAAGACAUGCCUCGGUUGCGUGUUCUGGUUGUACCGUAUGAAUACAAUACUCGAGCAGGAACUUUGUACAAGGCACGAGCUCUGCAGUACUGUUUGGAAUCUAAUAUAAACAUUCUUAGUGAUGAAGAUUGGAUUGUACACUUAGAUGAAGAGACCAUUUUGACUGAGGAAUCCGUUAUUGGUAUAUUUAAUUUUGUUACUGAUGGAAAUGUGGAGUUUGGUCAAGGAGUCAUCACAUAUGCAAGAGAUAAAAUCAUCAACUGGUGUACAACACUAUCCGAUUGCAUAAGGGUUGGUAUCGACUUUGGGUCUUUGCAGUUCACAUUCCGAGCAUUUCAGAAACCUAUCUUUAGUUGGAAAGGGUCAUUUGUUGUUGCAAAUGUCGGUGCUGAGAAACAAGUGUCUUUUGAUCAUGGCCCGGAAGCAUCGAUAGCGGAAGAUUGCUAUUUUGCUAUGGUUGCUUUCCGUGAAGGUUACAGGUUUGGUUUCGUGCAAGGGGAAAUGUACGAGAAGAGUACCUUUACAGUGAUAGACUUUGUCCAACAAAGGAAACGUUGGAUGCAAGGCAUCUUCGCUACUGUGUGUAGUCCCUGUAUACCAUGGAAGUACAAACUCGGAAUUGGAUGUAUGAUAGUUUCUUGGAUUUGUAUGCCUUUCACCACUCUAAAUCUGCCAAUAUCUUUAUUUUUCCCCAUUCCUGUUUCACCUCAUUAUAACAUUAUUUGUGGCUUCAUGGUUGGUGUCACAUGUUUCCUGUUCAUAUUCGGUGCUGCAAAAUCAUUUAGUUGGCAGAAGCUUGGCACUGCUCGUUAUCUUACUAUAUGUUUGGCAGCUUUUAUCAAUAUUCCUGUCACACUGAUUCUAGAAAACAUUGCUACCUUGUGGUGGAUGAUGUCAAGGAAACAUAUUGGUUUCCAUGUUGUUAAAAAAGAUAGUCGAAAUCCACACAUAACAAUCGCUUAAAAUAUGCUUUGUAAUGUGAUGAUAAUGAUAAUAAUAUAAUAAUAACACUAAUAACAACAACAAUAUUAGAAUUUAAAAGUCUUAAUGAGUUGGUGAAAUGUAAACAAAAGAAAGAUAAUUUGUAAAAUGCCUAUUUUCUUGAGACUAAACGGUGAAAAAAAGUUAAGUUAAUGAAUUAUUAAUAAUAAUAAUAAUAAUAAUAAUAAUAACAAUAAUAAUUUAAAAUACAUAAAUAAUUAGUAUUAAUAAAAUUAUCUCUAAAGAAAAUAAUAAAAAAAUAUGGCGUCUAAUAAGGCAAAUUUUUCUCUGAACUGCCUUUGCAAAUUACAUUUUGAUUGGUGUUUAUAUAUAUAUGUAUAUAUAUAUAUAUAUGUGUGUGUGUAUGUCUUUUUUGCUAUAAA